AAAAACCUAUAAUUUUUUUUUAAUUUUCAAGUCGAAUUUCGAUGACCCACAUUAAGAACACAAUCAAAAACCCCAAAGUGAAGUAGAAAUUUCAAUCUCCAAGCGAUUCCCUGACGUUUUCUUUGCCCUUCUCUUUCAUAUUCAUCGCAGUCUCGUUAUUAUUACACACCCACAUUCAAAUUUUACUCCCACGCCAAUAAUGGGCGCACCCAACUCAGCCCUAGCGGAACACAGCUGCAAUGGCCCUUAACCCACUUCGCCGGCAUUGUUUCGAAUGGGCAAAAACGACGGAGAACAGCCACCGCAGUCCGCCGUCGGCUCCAGGCCAUCAGGCCAGGCUUCCGAUGGCCGAUUCUGUUGUGGGUGUGUUUCGAUUCGAAGCCUCAUUGGCUUUAGAUGCAUCUUCAUUCUGCUAUUGUCCGUUGCCUUGUUCGUUUCUGCUGUUUUUGGGCUUCCCCCUUUUCUCCAUUAUGCAGAUCAAAAGGAUCUGGGUCAUAAAUCCCCGUAUCGAGGUCAUGAUAUAUUAGCAACAUUCAACGUUGAGAGACCCGUUUCUUUGCUGAGAGACAAUGUCGAGCAGCUCCAAACCGACAUUUUUGAAGAGUUCCCUAUACCGUCUAUCAAAGUGGAUGUACUAUAUCUAGAUUCGUUAUCUGGAUCAAACUGUACGAAAGUUGUGUUCAGCCUCGAUUCAGAUACGGAUGAUUCAGAAAUCUCGCAGACGUAUCUAAGUUUAAUCAGGUCGACGUUUGCAAGUCUAGUAACGAAUCAGUCGUUCCUCCAUGUUACCAAAUCCAUGUUCGGGGAGGCCUUUUCGUUUGAAGUACUGAAAUUCCCGGGAGGAAUAACGAUAAUCCCGCCACAGAGUGCAUUUCUUUUGCAGAAAGUGCAAAUUCUUUUCAACUUUACAUUGAACUUCUCUGUUCAUCAGAUUCAAGUUCACUUCGGUGAACUGACCAGUCAACUGGAGGCGGGAUUACGACUAGCUCCGUAUGAGAUCUUAUAUAUUAAACUAUGGAAUGCGGAAGGUUCGACCAUGACUGCCCCUACGAUUGUCCAGUCGUCUGUUCUUCUGGAAGUCGGAAAUACUCCAUCGAUGCGACGACUGAAGCAGCUAGCUCAAACAAUAUCGGGUUCUAAUUCUAGUAACCUCGGCCUGAAUAAUACAGAGUUCGGAAAAGUUAAGCAAGUUCGCCUUUCCUCGAUUCUUAAACACUCCCUCAAUGGCAGUGACGGGAACAGCCCUGUAAGGUCACCUUCUCCUGCUCCGGCUCCGGCUCCUACACCCCAGCCCCAUAACUACCAUCAUCCCCCGACUCGCCACCAUCACCACCAUCACACCCCUCUUACACCUGCAAUUUCACCUGCCCCUACAACCGAGAAAGGCGCACCGAAAUACGGUUCCCCUGCCCCUGAAAGAACAGCAGCAUCACCUAAGAGAAGUUCCGAGGCAGAGCCGCCCGGUUGUCAAUAUAGAUACAAGAGGAAGUCCAGUAGAAAAGAAGGAAAGCAAUCUCCUGUUCAUUCUGCUCCAUCACCAUCACCAAAACAUCGAGUCGUCUCUCCAGCUCCAGCAUUAGCUCCAUUACCAAACGUCGUUUACACUCACGUUCAACCACCGUCAAAAAGCAACUCCAACCACCACGAAACAUCGACGACGAAUCCAUCAUUUGCACCAUCGCCAUCCCCAUCUGGUGCAGAUCGUCAUCGAACGAUCACGCAAUGGGGAUUCACACUGUUUCUGAUUCUCGCACACCAUAUGUAGCAGAUUUGAAACGAAGACUGGCAGUUUUGCGAUGAACGCUUGUCGGUGACGACGUGAGAAGGUGUGUGUGUGUGUAAGUGUGUAAAUAUGAUGUGAUUAAGAAGGAACUUAGAUGGGAGAUGCAGUUUUCAGGUCAAAGUCCACAGAGGUGGCAGGCCUUGAUAAACAUGCAUGUUUUUCCACUGUUUUGUGUAUUAUCAUCUUAUCAUCUCAUUUUCUCCAUAAAA